AUGGAUGAAUCCUUUGUAUCAACACUUCUUGCUGAGUCUAGGCUUCUUGGAUUUUUGAGAGAUGGUGCUAUUCACAUGCAAGUCAAGCCUGGUUCGAAAAUCAAGAAUUUGGUCGAUUACGUCUCAAAUCGUAUUAAUGCAAACUUCUCCGGACAAAUAUUUUGUUGGGGUCUUCCCGGUGCUAUUGACAAAGUGGUCCCUUUAGCUGAACAGAUUAAGACCAUUUGGAAUACUAAAGUUGGUUCUUCAAUCAUCUAUCAGUGUACACGUUUAUUCUUCCAUCUUACACAAUCCAGGGUUGAGGAGUAUUUGGUGAAAGCGAAUAAGCCCGCGAUGGCCAUCGUUCUUAGUCUACAUGAAUUAGUUGAGGACUCGAAUAAUCCACCAAAAGCGUCAGUUAUUGUAACUCCCGAACAAGAAAUUCCUGCCGUUGAAACUCCUUUCCCAAGUCGUCGCAAGAAGCGCCACCUAGAGAAAAAACGCAGACCAGACACAUUUCAGCGCAAAUCCUUCCCAAGUCUUCCUAAACAGAAGUCUAAACAUGGGAAAUUAUCUUCAUCAGGUCAAUGUAAUGGCAAAAGUGAACGAAAUAUUUCCGACCCCUGCCAUCGGCUCAUUCCAGCUCAGAAAUUGUCCAAAAUGGCUGUGGCCGUAGUUGUAAAGAAUGUAAAGCAACACUCCUGUACAUAA